AUGACUACUUCAACCAUUGCAUCUUCCGUGGCAGAUGCGCCAAAAGCAACAACCUUUGUGUUCGGCGGUCACAUUGGCACACAAAGCAAAAAAUCACUCGAAAAGCCCGUAAAGCAAUUCCUCAGCGGCCCCAACGCAACAUGGAUACUAGAGGCCGUCAGUGGACUGCCGCACUACUGGGAGGCCCUGGUAGAAAAGAUCCCGGAGAUCGCCGGCGCAGUCUCAGGUGCUGAAUUGCUCAAGGACUUCGAUUCAUGGCUGCGAAAUGGUAUUUCUGAGGGCGACUUGCUUGCGCCUGAGACAGAGCUGCCUAAUAUUCUCAUUGGGCCGUUGAUGGUGGCUAUCCAGCUGGACCAGUACUGGCGGUAUCUGGAAUUUCGGUUGGACGAUGCUUCUAUCUCAGACCCCCAAGCAGAACUCGUUAAACAACAACAGCAGCAGCAACAAACUACUACCCGCCCUGUGGAAACGCUGGGUUUCUGCGCUGGCCUCAUCAGCGCCGUGGCAGUGGCGAGCUCCCACGACAGGGCUGAGUUUGAAAAGUACGGCGCCGUAGCAGUGCGCAUCGGCAUGCUCAUGGCAGCUCUGGUAGACGCCCGCGAAUCUCGAGACGAAGCUAGAGGUAUGGGCGGAUCGGUGUCGUUUGGAACCGCAUGGCGAAGCGGCACCAAGCAAGGCAACGACAUGACCAGCAUCGUGUCAUCGCUAACGCCAGACGCUUAUGUAUCGGUUCUCUUUGAUGAGGCACGCGCUACAGUGUCAACUUCUGAACGUGUAGCUCCAACACUGGUGCGGAGACUUCGAGCUGCCGGCGUGACGGCGGUUCCACUCCCUUUCAAGGGCCACAUGCACACGCCGGGAGUGGAGCGGAAGCGGCAGACGGAGGCGCUGAUCGAGCUGUGCCGGGUGGGACCGAACGGCGCCGGGCUUCAGUUCCCGGCGGCCGCCCAACUGGCACUUCCGACAUUCAGCAACUCGGCGGACGGGUCUCAUGUAUCUCCUGACGAGACGGAUCUCACCGGAAUGCUGCUGCGGGCGAUUUUGACGCAGCAGUUCAACUGGGCUGGGACGAUGUCGAAGCUGCUGUCGGCGUCAGCAACGGCGCAUAAGGAAGUAUCUCUGGUGGCUUUUGGGCUGGACCAGUGCAUUCCACCAACAAUAACGCGCAAGUUUGGACCAAAGCAGGCGCACUACGAACAGCUGGAGAGCCACAUCGAGAGUUGGAAGCUCCAGAAGAUCUCGUCGUUGGCUUUGGCUACGGCGAAGACGGCGGCCCCACCUACGGUCAACGGCCCCACCUUGACAGUCAAGGACGAGCCUCAAACAUCCGUAGCACCAGGAAAAUCUAACGAGGAAGUCAUCGCCAUUGUGGGCAUGUCUAUUAAAGCCUCCGGGGCGGAUGAUCUGGAGGAGUUCGCAGCAAUGCUCAAAACGGGCAAGUCGCAGCAUGAGCUGAUCACCGCAGAGCGGAUGACGCCAGAUAUGCUCUUCCGGGAGCCAGAGGAGGACCCGAAGAAGAAGAAGAGCUACUACGGCAACUUCUUACGGGACUCAGAUGCUUUUGAUCACAAAUUCUUCAAGCGCAGCCCCAGGGAGAGCCAGGCAAUGGAUCCUCAGUGUCGCUUAGCGAUGCAGGUAGCUUACCAGGCGGUCGAGCAGUCUGGCUACUUCACGGAGCCCAAAUUGACGAGCAAAGAACAAGAACACGUCGGUGCCUACCUGGGCGUGUGCGGCGUAGAUUACGAGCAGAACACAGCCUGCCACGCAGCGAGCGCAUUCACAGCUACAGGAGCUUUGAGAAGUUUCAUCACUGGUCGGAUCGCGCACUUCUUUGGCUGGACAGGUCCCGCAAUGACAUUCGACACGGCGUGUUCGUCGUCAACAGUAGCUUUGCACACGGCCUGCCGCGACCUGCUGUCUGGCGAGGCGACUUCUGCAUUAGUUGGAGGCGUUAAUAUUAUGACGAGCAUGCAAUGGAUGCAGAACCUCAGCGCCGGCAGCUUCCUGAGUCCGACGGGUCAAUGCAAGCCGUUUGACGCUGACGCCGACGGUUACUGCCGUGGAGAGGGAGUCGCUUUCGUCUUUCUCAAGAAGCUGUCGGAUGCCGAAGCCGCCGGCAACACGGUGCUGGGCACCAUCCGGGCGACGGCGGUAUACCAGAACCUCAAUAUCACGCCGCUGUUCGUGCCCAACGUGCCAUCGCUAUCGCAGUUGUUCAAGGAUGUGAUCCGCAAGGCCGGUGUCGAUCCGUCCGAAAUUUCCUUGGUUGAGGCCCACGGCACCGGCACAGCAGUUGGUGACCCGGCCGAGUACGAGAGUGUCAAAUUGGCGUUGGCUAGCCCGCAUCGUAAUGCUGUCGUGCCCAUAGGCUCAGUUAAAGGCCAUGUAGGCCACACGGAGGGUGCAUCUGGAAUGAUUGCACUGGUGAAAGUGCUCAUGAUGAUGCGCGACAACUUCAUCCCGCCUCAGGCCAGUUUCACGCGCAUGAAUCCGCACACCCACGCCUCGCCGGCCGACAUGAUGGAGGUGGUGACCGAGUUGCGGCCGUGGACCGCCGAACGUAAGAUUGCUCUGCUUAACAAUUACGGCGCCUGCGGUUCCAAUGCCAGUGUUGUCAUUGACUACUCGGCUCCUAAGGCUUUGAACAACCGCCUGCAAGCUCAGACGGCGACAGAGACUCGGCAGCCCUUCUGGAUCCCCGGAUUCGACGCCCGCAGUAUCGCAGCCUACAGCAAGGCACUGUCUACAUACCUUCGUGGCCGUACCGGAGACAAGAAAGUAAACCUGGCCGACGUGGCGUUUAACCUGGCCCGCCAGUCGAAUCCCAGCUUGCCUCAAGGGUUGAUUUUCAGCUGUCAGUCGUUAGAAGAGCUGCAAGGAAAGCUGGCUCAGGCCGCCGCGGCCACUAAAGAAACAGCCGCUGCCGCCGGCAUCAUAAUCUCUAAGUCAGAGCGGCCGGUUGUGCUGUGCUUCGGUGGUCAAGUUUCAACAUUUGUCGGACUAGACCGCGCGCUAUACGAGAGGGUCGCUGUCUUGCGACACCACCUGGAUGCUUGCGAUGCAGCUGCCACGGCGGCAGGCUUAUCCAGCAUUUUCCCUGCCAUCUUUUCGCGCGAGCCCAUCCCUGACACUGUCCAGUUACAGACGGCGCUGUUUGCCAUGCACUUCGGCGAGAUCACGGCUCUCUGCGUCGCCGGUGUGCUAAGCCUCGAAGACACAGUUCGACUGGUCGCUGGCCGAGCAAAGCUGGUGCGUGAUGCCUGGGGGCCGGAUUCAGGGGCAAUGAUGGCCGUUGAGGCAGAUGAGACUGUCGUCCAGGAUCUGCUCAAGGAGGCCAACUUGAACGGCGAUGGCUCAGCCAGCAUCGCUUGCUACAACGGCCCUCGCAGCUUCACACUGGCUGGUACGACCAAGGCCAUCGAUGCGGUGGCCGCCAUCCUUGCUAGCAACAGCAAGUUUGCUGGGGUGGGCAUCAAGAGCAAGCGGCUUAACGUGACCAAUGCUUUCCACUCGGUGUUGGUAGAGCAGCUUGUCGACGAUCUUGGAAAGGUCGGCCGGGACCUUAAGUUCCAAGACGCCGUGAUCCCAAUUGAACGGGCUACUGAGAAUGAGUCCACAGGCUCGCUGGACUGGACCUUUGUGCCAUCGCACAUGCGCCAGCCUGUCUUCUUCAACCACGCUGUACAACGGCUGGCCAAGAAACACCCACAGGCCAUCUUCCUCGAAGCUGGAUCAAACUCCACGAUCACGGUGAUGGCGAGCCGCGCGUUGGCCCAAGUCAAUUCUGCCAAUACACUCGCCUUCCAGGCUGUAUCCAUCACUAACACUGAAAAGGGCCUCGACGGACUCGCAGAUGCCACGGUAGCGCUAUGGAGGCAGGGCUUGCGCGUGAACUUCUGGCCUCAUCACCACUCCCAGGCGAGCGAGUACGUGCAACUGCUUCUGCCGCCGUACCAGUUUGAGAAGUCACGCCACUGGCUGGAGGUAAAGUCGCCGCUGGAGGCUGUUACCAAGGCAGCCCAAGCCAUGAUCGCUGCGUCGGGAGUGUCUACUGCAGGAGUUGGACGCGUUACUGAGGAGGCCAAAGGAAACAAGAAGCUGGCCCGCUUCCGGAUCAACACAAGCUCAGACUCGUAUCAGCGCUUGUUUGCAUCUCACGUUAUUGCCCAGACGGCACCCAUCUGUCCGGCAACGCUCGAGAUCGACAUAGCCAUCGAAGCUCUCUUCAGCCUCAAUGCGAACUGGCGGGCUUCUGGCUACUCUCCUACGGUUCACGAUCUCAUCACUCACACACCAGUAUGUGCCAACUCGGCGCGUACCUUUUACAUGGAUCUGUCGCCGUUGGACAAGACCGAAACUAAGUGGCACUUUAACUUACACAGCGUCGCGGGCAACGGCGGCGACCCCCAGGCCCACGCCGAGGCCACAGUCCGCAUGCACGCUCCAACUGAUGCCUCCUAUCUGCAAAAGUUUAGUCGUUACGAGCGUCUGGUCAGCCACGCUCAGUGUGAGGCCCUUCUAAAGCUUGGCCUUGAUAGCGACGGCGUCGAGGUGCUGCAGGGCCGCAACGUGUACCGGGCCUUCACCGAAGUCGUUGAUUUCGGACCGGUCUACCGCGGUGUCAAGUAUGUGGUCGGCCGUGAAGGCGAGAGCGCUGGUGUAAUUCAUAAACAACACCAGGGUCAUACCUGGCUCGACGUGCCCAUGAGCGACUCGUUCGGCCAGAUCGCCGGCAUUCACGUGAAUCUGCUGACCGACGACUUACCGCCAGCCGAUAUGUUCGUUGCCACCGGUUGCGAGUUGUUAAUGCGAUCGCCAAAGGCUCAGCCAGAGGUUUCUGGCAAAGAGAACGGCCCCAGUGUCUGGCACGUCCUUGCCCGUCACGAGCGCCAGUCCGACAAGGCGUAUACAACCGACGUCUUUAUCUUUGACGCCUCUACCGGCGCCCUGACAGAGAUCAUGUUGGGCCUGCAGUACGCACGCGUGUCCAAGGCGUCAAUGAGCAAGAUCCUCACACGCUUUACAGCGGACCAAGAGUUCCUUAGAAAACCAACAGGGGCGAUUGCUGCUGCUGCUACUGCUCCUCAUCCUCCCCCCGUUACUGUUACUGUUCCCUCAGCUUCCGUUACUGCCCCUAUCAAAACUAGCGCAAAGCCGAAGAAAACAAAGCAAAAGGAAAAGGGCUUCGACAUUACUGAUGCCGUCCGUAACCUGGUGGCUGAUGUCUCCGGCAUCGAGGCUAGCGAGAUAACACUCGACAGCGAGAUGGCCGAAGUUGGCAUCGACUCACUUAUGGGUAUGGAGCUGGCUCGUGAGGUCGAGAAUAAAUUCAAGUGUACCCUCAACCAAGCCGAGAUGAUGGAAGCAGUCAGCCUGCGCCAAUUCGUCGCCUGCGUCGCAAAGGCGCUGGGAGAUGCCGGAACAGACACUGCCGAGCAAGACUCGGAUACUGCUGACAGCGACUCGGCCGUGGAAUUUAUGCGGUCGGACGAGACUGAUGACACGGCCUCUGAUAUCACUACACCAGAGCCUGAAGAGGCAUCUACUUUCUCCAAGCCCGUCUCGCUGUCAGCCGGUCCCGCUACCAGCAAUCUGACCCUCGCUGCCUCUGACAUUCUCGAGUGCUUCGGCCAUGUUAAGUUGAGGACUGACGAUAAAAUACGCGAGUUUGGCAUCGAUAGCAUCGCCCGUGUCGGCCUGGCUAGCAGCAAUAAACUCUGUACAGCCCUUGUGGUUGAGGCUUUUGAUGAGCUUGGGUCGCCACUGCGGACAGCUACUCCAGGGCAGCUGCUGGAUCGCGUAGCCUUCUUGCCGCAGCAUGGCCGAAUGAUGGAAUGGGUCUAUGGCUUCCUGGAGCGUGAGGCACGUUUGAUAGAUAUUGACACGGCAACAGGCCAGAUCACACGCACACAUGUGGCCAUCCCGCGCAAGAACAGCGCCGAUCUGCUCGACGAACUGGUAGCUGCGCAUCCCGAGUCUGCCAUCCCCAACCGCCUGGCCUACUAUGCCGGUAAGAACUUGGCUGGUGUCCUCAGCGGUUCUACUGAUGGUAUCCGAGUCAUAUUUGGCAGUGCUGAAGGCCGGCGGCUGGUCCAGACUAUGUACUGCGACUACGACUUCAACCGCAUGCACUAUGACCAGAUGGCAGAGGUCAUCACCCGGUUAUCCAGCCGCCUGGCCCAGACCGGUGAAACUCUGAAGGUUCUUGAAAUGGGUGGCGGCACCGGUGGUACGACAAACGUAAUUGCUCCGUUACUGGCUUCCCUAGGCAUUCCAGUUGAAUAUACAUUCACUGACCUUUCGACGUCCAUGGUGGCCAACGCACGCCGCAAGUUCGCUGCGCAGUAUCCGUUUAUGCGCUUCGCCGUACACGAUAUUGAGAAGCCACCAGCCGCAGAGCUCCUAGGACAGCAUCUAGUCUUGGCCAGCAAUGCUAUCCAUGCUACUCGCAGCUUGCUCGAGUCGGCGUCCAACGUGCACCAGGCCCUACGCCCUGAUGGUUUCCUCAUGAUCCUCGAGAUGACAGAGAGUCUGCCAUUCGUUGAUAUUGUGUUUGGCCUGCUCGAGGGCUGGUGGCUCUUCAACGAUGGUCGUACCCAUGCCGUCGUUACCGCCGAGCACUGGGAGCGCGCUCUGCACGCCUCAGGCUUCGGUCAUGUCGACUGGACUGAUGGCGAGAGGCCUGAGAACGCCUUCCAAAAGGUCAUCAUUGCCUUGGCCUCCGGAGAGCCGGUAGCUCGUCUCCCGGCGUCUGUAUCAUCUGUAGAGGAAACUAAGGUGGUUGAUAGAGGCGACGUGGCGGCCCGCGAGGCCGAAGCCGAACGCCUCGUAGCCUCUUAUACAGCCGGUUGGGCCACGCCAGCCCUCGAUUCCGCGGUCAUCGAUGCCUCUACCGCUUCUUCUCCUGCCGUGGUCAUCGUUACUGGCGCUACUGGCAGCCUCGGCGCCCACCUUGUGCAAUCGCUUGCCGAACGCCAGGACGUCGCUACCGUUGUCUGUGUAAACCGUCAGUCUAGCGUCCCAGCCGAUCAGCGCCAGGCCGAAGCAUUCUUGUCAAGAGGUAUUACAUUAUCGCCUUCUGCGCAGGAAAAGCUGCGCGUCUAUGAGACCGACACCUCCAAGCCGCAGCUUGGGCUGCCUACUCAAGAAUACACCCGGUUGGCCGCGAAUGCCACCCAUAUUAUACACAACGCCUGGCCCAUGAGUGGUACACGACCACUCAAAGCUUUUGAGCCGCAGUUGCAAACCAUGCGCAACCUGCUGGACCUGGCGCGAGAGAUUGCUCUGGGAAAUCCAAAGACUCGCAUCGGCUUCCAGUUUGUGUCCUCUAUUGGCGUGGUUGGCUAUGCGGAUACGUCCGCUGGGCCCCAGGUUCUUGAAGACCGCGUGUCAAUCGCCGCUGUCAUGCCCAGUGGCUACACCGAGGGCAAAUGGGUAUGCGAGCGCAUGAUAGACGAGACGUUGCACCGCUACCCAGGUCUGUUCCGCGCCACUGUCACCCGCCCAGGCCAAAUCAGCGGCUCCAGUCGCAGUGGCUUCUGGAACCCAGUCGAGCACUUUGCUUUCUUGGUGAAGAGUGCCCAGGCUUUACGUGUUUGGCCCGACUUCAGUGGCCGUUUGCAGUGGUUGCCCGUUGACCGCAGCGCUGGUGUGGUUAUAGACUUGCUACAACUGGAAAAGGGUGACGAUGCAGCUUCCUAUCCCGUCUACCAUAUUGACAACCCGGUUGGCCAGCCAUGGGAGGAAAUGUCGCCCGUGUUGGCAGCGGCCCUUGAUAUCCCUUCCCAGAACGUGAUCCCUUAUGCCGACUGGAUCAUGCGCGUGCGCCGCUCGCCGCUCCCCGCUGACGAGAAUCCGGCUGUUCGCAUCAUUGACUUCCUCGACGGCCACUUUGAGCGCAUGUCCUGCGGCGGCAUAAUCCUUGAUACCCAGAAAGCUAAGGAGCACUCAGCCACGAUGGCAGUCCAGGGAGCUGUGGGUGCUGAUAUCGCGAGAGCGUAUGUAGCAUCCUGGAAGGCUAUGGGGUUUCUGAAAUAG